AUGGCAAUUUUUUUUUAUAUUGGAUCGUGGAUCAGAUCCACUUUCGAAAUUUUGGAUCGCUUAACUGGAUCGGUGAUCCAAAAAAUUCUUGGAUCUCCCAACGCAACUUGCGGAUCAUCAGAUGCCGAUCAACUUCAACAGUUACAAGAGCCAUCAGCAAGUCUUCUGUCACCACGAUCAGACUUGGAAGUUCGUCUCAAAGAACAGGAAGAUAUUGUUGAACGUUUGACUUAUGACAAAUCAGAUGUUGAUGCAAAACUCACAACUGCGAAAAAAAAUUCAAAGAAAAUGAUGAAUAAGUUGAAAGAAUAUCAAAGACCAGCGAAUUAA